CUCUCUCUCUCUCUCUCAGGUCUCAACUAUUCCCAUUUCACUGCUAUAAAUGUACUCCCCUGCCACAGCAACCUCCUCAGCUCCACACUCCACAACUUUUCCUCUCCCUCUCUCUCUGCUCAUAGGUACAGAUACUUUUCACACAAAAAUCAAUUAAUGGAAAGAGGGAACAGUACUAUUGAAUAUAAAAAAGGGUUGUGGACAGUGGAGGAGGACAGAAUUUUAAUGGAUUACAUAAAGGUUCAUGGCAAAGGGAAGUGGAAUCGUGUAGCGAAAGUGACAGGGCUGAAGAGAUGCGGCAAAAGCUGCAGAUUAAGGUGGAUGAAUUAUCUUAGUCCUAGCGUUAAGCGUGACAAUUUCUCCGAGGAAGAAGAUGACCUUAUCAUUCGACUCCAUAAGCUACUUGGCAAUAGGUGGUCCUUAAUUGCUGGUCGGGUCCCCGGAAGGACAGAUAAUCAAGUGAAGAAUUAUUGGAACACUCAUUUGAGCAAAAGGCUUGGGGUCAAGAAGGGAAAAUGCAAAGCCUGUGCUCCUUCUCCAGGCUCCUCCAGGGAAUUAAGGAACUAUUAUUCCAAUGCGUCGUCAAGUUCUAAGUAUGCAACGAACCCUGCUUCUACUGCCGAGGUUACAGGCCUGAAUGCCGUGGAAGGUGGGUCUAAGAGUGAGUUGGAGCUCGCUAGCAGGCAAGGAAUGACAAUGGGUGAUUGGGAUGACAACUCUUUUUUGUUCUUGAAUAAUGAUGACCCAAACCUUUUUACCCCUAAUUUGAUGGAAUUCCUAGAUGAGUCUGUUGAUUUUGUUUGGUAUGACUUUUGAUUCCCUUUUUCAUUUUGUAAUAUCUCAUAAACACCUUAUUAAUAAAUAAUUUUCUUUUUUCAA